AUGGUGGAAAUUCGUGCGGCCAUCCAGAUAAAGUACGAGUCGGAGAGGCCAAUCCUCAUCCCCAAGGAUCUGGUGAAGCUGUCCAAGGACAAACAGUGGCUCCAACUUCGGCCCACUUCCCAACCCAUAAUUGAGUUGCUCACAGGCCAGAGACCCGACAAGAAUGCCAGUCUGUCGGGUUCUACGGCCAUGGCCAAUCUCAUCAAGAAGAGGAACCAGAGCUUCGACCAACCAGCAACACCAGCAGAGCAACUUUUCGAUGCUCCAGAGCCAGGCUCAGGAAAGAAGUCGACCAGAAAGAGGUCUCUUCCAGACAACCAAGAAGAAGAAGUUGCCAUGGACAUCAAUGGUUCCAAAGUCACCUGCUUGAUGAGUGGCAAGAGGCCAAGGAGGUGCGAUCUCACCAUCCAACUCGAACAGCACCAGAUCGAGACCAUCAUCAAGACCAUUCGCAAUGAUGAGGAUACGGCCACAGCCGCACAGAAGCCAGAAGCCAUGGCUGUCCCUCCAGCUGUGGUCCAAGAGGUGGAGGCCAUUGUGAAUGGCCGCGAGCCAGUGAACACCAGAGUCACCAAGGUCUUGCAGGUGCUGGAGCACCAUGGCCUCUGCCAGCAGCAGACCUUGGUUCCAAGCCAAGUUCUUUGCCACCCCUCCAACCGGGGAGGGCAGAUGGUGUCCCACUUUGACGUUUGGGCCAAGGGACACCAACUCUUGGUUUGGAGGAACCAGCAGCUGGUCCAGGAGAGCAAGGGCUCCCUGGCCCCAGUCAGUGGAGCAGAGGGAUACCUAUCCCUUGCCAGCAGCCACACCACGGCAUUCUUGAGAUGCCUGGAGCAUGGGACCACGGAUCCCAGUGGCAAAGCCAUCUCCGUGCCCAAGACAGACCCAGUCUGGUCCGCCAUCCAGACCGGGUGGCGGUGGCAUGUGGUGGCCUCCAGUGUGGAAGAAGCCAUGCCAAGCCUUCCACAGUUCUUCCAAGUCGGAGCCAACUCUGGCAAUGCCAUUGGCAGAGCCACCAGCGAGUUGGAAGCAGCCUGCCAAAUAGCCAUUCAAGUGCAAAUGGGAGCCAGUCUGGAGUCGGCAAUCCAGUCCGUUGCCAGCGGCGAAGUUGCCUGCAGGCAGAGCCUCCCAGCCAUAGGGCAUUAUGUCUCGAGAUACUCUGGAGGCACAAGCUUUCCAUUGCUGAAAUUCCUUUCCCACUUCUCCUCCACCUACGGCACCACGUGCAUGAUGGGCCAGGAUUUCAUGGAGGCGUUGUCGCACACCACCUUCCCAGACCCUGGCAACCUUUACCCAUUGCUCCGCACAGCUCUAUGGGCAACCCAGUGCACAUCCACCAAACAGCAAGACGGCUUCGCACGACUCCUCACCAGAGCCGACGUCCAGAGACUGUCGUCGCCACAGAACAUGGAGUCCGUCAGGACGGCGGAGUCCAUGCUUUCGGAUUCCUGGAAACUGGUCCAGAGCCAGCUUCCAGAAGGCACCAGCACCAAUGCCGGCAGCAACCAUCUCUACAAGUGUUUCGGCAAGUUUUGCGUCAGAGCCAUCUUGUUUCUGACCAAAAAGGAAAAGCUUGGCCCUGAUGCCCAGCAGAAGCUGGAGUCCCUGGCCCAGAUUCUCGACCUUUUCACCCAGGACGUUUCCAAGGUCAAGCAGGCCACCCCAGCUGCAGAGGCAAAGACCAUCAAGGAUGCAGUCUCUGCCCAGCCAUGGGAAGCCACCUUGCUCCAGAACACCCACAUCAAGGUGGGCGACCAGUACACCUUGCCAAAGGAGCACGGAGCCAAGGUCUACCAGCUCCUGCAAAUCAGCAACGAGGGUGGGACCAUGGAGCACAGGCCAGUGCUCCAGGCACCGGAGACAGUUUUUGUGCCGCUGGCGGGGCUGGGGAAGUGGCGGGUCUCCCGCCACUCCAUGCCAGCCAUCGGCCCAGCCGACAUCAUAACCAGGGGACUCCCAUCCAGCCAUGCCAUGGCCCAGGAGGACUUCCAAAAGGCAGCUGUGGUCACGGCACUCCACCAAUGCUACCAGGAGCAGUCGGUCGAGGACUUGGAACUCCUUUGCAUGGCUUCCAGUCCCCAGGCACUGUAUGCCAAGAAAGCCAUUGCCAGCAAAAAGCUCAAGCUGGUUCCAUUGGGUUCCAUCAGCAAAGUGAAGACAGGCCAGAAGCCGCCCAAGCUGGCCAUUCAGGCCUUCGGCCAUGACUGGGCCAUUGGAAGCUGGAAGCAGGACCUCCAGUUCCAGGCAGAGGGCACCAUCGUGCCAUUUUUCUGGUGCAGGACAGCAGAGGGCGAGGAUGAGGGCAACAUGGUCUUGACUACGAUCAAGCAGGGGCCAUGCACCGUGCCCAUCCUCCAUAACCCUGCGAAGAUCCAAGCCAAUGAGCAAAUCUUGCAGAAGGUCGAGGAGGAAGCAGCCACGUCGGCUUCAGCCAAGAAAAAGCCCAGGAAGGGCUGA